AUUACCCUCACGGUCACGCCGUGCUAGCAAUGUGCAUGCAGAGUACAUGUACAAUGUACAUGUACAAAACAGCAGUGCAACAGCGUUCAUUGUGCCCCUGCCUGACACGGCUUAUCCCCACUUCCCCACGAGCGGCUAGAGAACAAAACCACGGUGCAUCCGCCAUUGCAUGUACAGUCUACUCUGUUAGGUCUCAAGUUACAAGCACACGCACCAUUGCAGCGCUCUAAAAAUAUGGCCGAUGAAGUUAUAUCUGGCGAGUCCAGUUAUUCCAGUGACGGGAGUGAAUUUUGGCAAAGUUCUGACGAGGAUUUUUCAUGUCCUUCACCACCGGCACCUGCCCAAGUACACUCGAGUACUCGUGAUGUAGAUAUUGGCGUACCCUUGCCGGUGUACGUCAAGCAAGAGAGACUGUCCCCGACUGCACAGGACGUCGAGGGCGGGAGGCUGUCCCCAACUGUAUACAUGUACGUCAAGCAAGAGAGAUUGUCCCCGACUUGGCAGGACUUCGAGGAACAGUUCCCUACUGCGGAGGCUGCCGCAUCAACCAGCACCCGUGCCCCAUCGUUCCAAUGGAAUGACGAGGACAGCACGCCGCUAAAGUACGGCUUCACCGGUAACGGCGGUGCUGUCGACCCCCGCCUGCAUCCCAGCUGCACCUGCAGUGAGUCGUUUGGGGUGUUUUUUGACAACGUUCUGUACAGCAACAUAGUCCAAGAAACCAACCGAUUUGCUGCACAGAGACCCGUCACGACAUCAGCACACAUGAGGUCAUGGACUGAUGUGAAUAGCCGAGAGCUAAAGGCCUUUCUGGGCCUUUACAUCAUGAUGGGUAUCACAAAGCACCCCACCCUUCACAGCUACUGGUCGACUGAUCCACUGCUGAAGGCAAACCUUUUUCCAUCCGUCAUGCCCCGAGACCGGUUUCUUGCCAUACUUCAGGCCCUACACUUCAAUGACAACAGCGCCAUGCCGGAGGACUGCCCUGACCGCCUGUUCAAGUUACGUCCUGUCAUCGACCAUCUCCUUGAGAGGUUCUCCACUGCGUACAUCCCACAGCGGGACAUUGCUGUCGAUGACUCCUCGUUGAAGUUCUUCGGGUGUCUUCGCUUUGGCACCUACAACCCCAGAAAUCGAAAGAAGGCCCGCUUUGGCAUCAAGGCGUACAAGUUGUGCCAGAGCACCGGGAACGCUGCCGGGUACUGCUACAACUUUAAGAUAUACACCGGCCAAAGCAAGGGAGAGCUCCCAGCUGCGACACAAGUGGUCAUGGACCUUGUGAGCAGUCUGAAUGGCAAGGGCUACAACCUCGCCCUCGACCGGGCCUUCAGCAGUCCUGAUUUGUAUCGCCGGCUUUACUGCGAGAAGUUCAACGUCGUCGGCACGGUCAUGCCCAACAGAAAGGGCAUGCCCGAAGACCUUAAGUCGGUCAAGCUCCAGCGAGGUGAAACGGCGUACCAGUCGGCCGACCUCGGUGCGAACGGUUCGCUCCUGGCAAUGGUAUGGAAAGACCAACGGAAUGUGUGUAUGCUUUCCACCAUGCAUACAGCCGAGAUCCGUGGCACCGGCAAGCGAGACAGGACGGGGGCAGAAAAGCGGAAACCUGCCUGCGUCAUCGAGUACAACGCCCUGAUGGGGGGCGUUGACAAGAGCGAGCAGCUAGCGGCUAGUCACCGAGCAAUUCGGAAGUCCAUGAAGUGGUACAAGAAGUUGUUCUUCUACUUGCUGGACUUGACCCUGGUGAACAGCUACUGUGUGCACCUGGCCGUUGGUCACCGCCUCUCCUUUCUCGACUUCCGCUUGCAACUCGUCCGUGAACUUCUCGACGAACCCUUGCCCCAUUACCGACCCCAGCGCGAUGCACCGCCAGUCAGCAACUCCCGCUUUGUUGGCCGCCACUUCCCCAUUGUCGUGGGAAAGACCGACUACGGUGAAUAUCGCUACCGGCGAUGUGUUGUGUGUUCUUCCAAAGGGCUACGAAAGAAGACGCGACACGAGUGUGACUCGUGUAACAUGCCCCUCUGCAUCGACCCAUGCUUCCGGGAGUAUCACACUGUCCACUAAGCUUUGCAUUUCCUUGACAUUAAUUUUGUGCAUUUCAUGAUUUGUGGUACUUUAUAUAAAGUGUAAAAGAAUAGUUCUUACGUUAAGGGCAAAACCCGUUAUAAAAAUAUCUCCCAACACAAAAGUACAUCCUGAAAAUAGUGACAUAUAGUUCUUGUGAGUUUAGACACUAUUUUUACGUCUUGAAUGACAGAAGUGAAGUUUGCAUUUCAUUGGCAUUAUUUUUGUUUCAUGAGUUAUGACACUAUUCCAUCUCUUAAACUACAAAGGGUAAAAGAAUAGCUUGUUUACUUGUGAGUUGUGGCGCUAUUGCAUCAUCUCGAAAAUGCGAAGGGUUAAAAAAUAGUUCUUUGUACAUUUGAGCUGUGGCACUAUUUCAUUUCUUGAAGAUGACAAAAGUAAAGAAAUUUCUGGUACUCAUUUCAGGAGUUGUGGCACUAUUUCCGGAAAAAUGCAAAGGGUAAAUUAAUGUUUUAACAAGGUGUUAUUGUUCUCGGUAAUAGUUUUUUUCAUGAGAUGGCUGCCUUGUACAUACAUGUACAUGUACCUAUUGGUCAUCUUACGGUGCCUUUCCUUGUAGCUGUAAAUUCUGUUGCACAAUCAAAUGCAGUGUAAACUGACAAACAAUGACAGCCAAUUUUCUCCACACAAUGGACUGUUCAAGAGACCACGAAAAACAAUUAGUCUUCAUGAAAGUCAAAGUCAUCUUGUAAAUAUUUUAUU